GGAGCACGGAGGCAAUAGUUAAGAAUGGGUUACCGCGGGAAGCAGAAGAAGAUGGCCUUAGAAGACUACGUCGAUUUCUUUCUGUCUCAUAAGCAAUUCCGUCUCACGAUCCAAUCCCUCAACCAGGUUCUUCCUGUCUCCUUCAUCUUUAUUUUCCUACCUUCCUUCUUUUUGAAUUUCCACGUUACUCAUUCAAUCUCAUCGCUCCAAAUCCAAGCAAAAGAACUUGUAAGAACGGUGCUACACAUGGUUUUUAUUUCGCAGAUCAUCGGCAUGCACGGUAUGAAGAAAAUCUUCAAUGCUCCUAAGAAAUUGAUAACCGACGCAGUGAACACACUGGAUCUCAUGGAUCCCUCGCGCUGCACACUGAACAACAACGUUUCGUCGUUGGCGUUCGUGGCUCUGGAGGACGUAAUCGCCGACCUGAACGACCUCGACUGGCAAGAGUGCUGCGUCACCUCGAUCCAAACCCUGAACUCAUGUAAACACAGCGUCCCGGAUCCCGGCACAAAGCAGAUACCGAUAAAGGAUUCGGAUCGGGGAGGCGUGGGUGAGGGGGGCGAUGGAGCUUCGUCGUCGUGUGUUGUUGGGUCGGAGCCAGGCAAGCAGCGAGGGAAGUCGAAGAGGAAGAGAUCGAAGGUACCGGAUAAGAACUGCUAGAGUUGGCGUUUCACUCCGAACUUCGGGUCGGUUGGAAUAUUCGGUUGGAUUAGCCUCAAUUAUAUUUUCGUAUAGUUUUUACAUUACUUUAUAGUCUUUUCCAACUUUUUGACACGUCGAUAAUUUCCUAAGCAUGAAAUUACGUGUGCUUUUAUAACGA